AUGAGCAAGCCGAAGUCUCAAGGUGGCCUUGGUUUCCGUGAUCUCAAAGUAUUUAAUCAGGCUUUGUUAGCAAAACAAGUGUGGAGACUCUACAACAACCCAAACCCACUUCUUUACGCUAUCCUCAAAGCUUGGUAUUUUAAACAUAGUUCAAUUUUAGAGGCUUACCAUGGAUACGAUCCAAGUUACUCUUGGAGGAGUUUGUGGGGGGAAAAAUCGCUGCUAUUAGAAGGGCUUAACUGGAGAAUUGGGAAUGGAAAAGAUAUUCGGGUUUGGCUUGAUUCUUGGAUCCUUGGUAACGUUAUUCCACCGCACACCACAAUUUUUUAUCCCGAGCUUCGUGUUGCUGAUAUAAUUGAUCAACAUUGUGGUUAUUGGAAGGUUGACAUGCUGCGUUAG